GUCUACCGCCCGUGACAUACUGGGAAUCAUUGGAUCCUAUCGAGCACGCGGCAAACUCGCGCCGGAUCAGAUCGAUACGAUGAUGCAGCAGAGCCCGUGUUGCCGCGGCUCGCACGCCCCGUCCUUCACGGGCGCAGGGGCGGCACGGCCGAUACUCGCGCUCGCGGCUGCACGUUCUUGGCCGAAAAAACUGCAACCGAGCACAUACCUCACCCAGGCCGCGGCCGCAUCGGGAAAGCCGCGUGCGGCGCCGGCGCGUGCCGUGGCCGACUCGGCUCUGGGAGCCUCGUCGACAAGCGUACAUGUCGGAGGAAAGCUUCUGUUGCAGAACUUCGCCGACUCGCCCAACAGCCAGCUCAGGCUCUCCCUCCAGCUUGUCAGCGCCACCGUCGCCGGAGGCGACGGACGCGGGGUGAAGGCGGAGGAGGCGGUGCUGAACGCCGUCGUAGGCGUCGGGGAGACGGAGCUCGACGUGAAACUGACGUGGGACGAGGCGCUGGGCACGCCCGGCGCGGUGGUCGUGAAGAACCACUCCGACUUCCCCGUGUACUUGAAGCUGCUGAGCGCACCGACCGGCUUCGGCGCCACCGCGGGGGCCGUCCAUUUCGCCUGCAACGGUUGGGUCUAUCCCGUCGGGAAGCACCCGCACCGCCUCUUCUUCACCAACGACGCGUGUGUCAAGGAAAAAACACCAAGCGCACUGCUCAAGUACAGGGAAGACGAGCUCAGGGUGCUCCGGGGAGACGGCGCAUCGACUGAUCGGCCGUUCCAGGAGUGGGAUCGUGUGUACGACUACGCGCUCUACAACGACUUGGGGAAUCCUGACCUGCGGAAGGACUUGGCACGCCCCGUGCUGGGAGGAUCUGAAGAGUACCCGUACCCUCGGCGUACCAAGACCGGCCGACCACCAGCCAAGACAGAUCCUCGGACGGAGACCAGAGUGCCACUGGACGAGGAUAUAUACGUCCCGUGCGACGAGCGCGUCGGCUUUGGCAGCGUGCCCGCGCCCUCGCUUCCACCCUUGGGUGGUCACUUCAAGUCGCUCGCGGAUAUCUACCGUCUCUUCGGCCUCGACGACCUCGGCCGGCUCCCCGAGGCCAAGGGGGUCAUCAACAGCAACGCCAAGGCGAUGUUCCCCGUCCCCCAGGUCAUCUCAGUAAACCCAACGAAUUGGCGGAAAGAUGAAGAAUUCGCGCGGCAGAUGGUCGCCGGGGCGAACCCCGUGUGCAUCAAGCGCGUCACCAAAUUCCCACUGACCAGCGAGCUUGACCGGGGUGUGUACGGCGACCAGGACAGCAAGAUAACCAAAGAUCACGUCGAGAAGAAUAUGGGUGGCAUGACGGUGCAACAGGCUGUGGAGAAGGGGAGGCUGUACGCUGUGGAUCAUCACGAUUGGAUGAUGCCAUACGUGAAGCGCAUCAACGAGCUCCCAGGCGAGGAGGAGAAGGGCGAGAUCUCGCAGAGGAAGGUGUACGCCGCCAGAACGCUCCUGUUCUUGAACGAUGACUCGACGCUAAAACCGCUCGCAAUCGAGCUCAGCUCGCCGCACCCGGAGAACGAGCAGCUCGGCGCAGUCAGCACGGUGUACACUCCGCCGGACACCGAAGGCAUCACGGCCGACAGGUUCACGACGUGGGAGCUCGCCAAAGUCCACGCCGCCGCGAACGACACCUGCGCGAACAACUUCAUCUCUCACUGGUUAAACACGCACGCGAUCAUGGAGCCGUUCGUGAUCGCCGCGAACCGGCAGCUGAGCGUGCUGCACCCCAUCCACAGGCUCCUGAAGCCGCACUUCCGAAAGACGCUCCACAUCAAUACCGUCGCACGCCAGAUCGUCAUCAGUUCGGGUGACCGGAGAAAGAACGGCGACAUCUUCCGCGGCAUACACGAGGUUACCUACUCCUCCAGCAAGUACAACAUUGAGAUGUCCUCAAAGGAAUACAAGGCCUGGAACUUUACAGAGCUUGCUCUCCCCAAUGAUCUCGUCAAGAGAGGUCUGGCGAAAGGUGAUCCCAAGAACCCAGAGAGUCUGGAGCUGCUGAUAAAGGACUACCCGUACGCGGUGGACGGACUUGACAUCUGGAUGGCCACCAGGAAAUGGGUUUCGGACUACUGCGCCAUCUACUACUCCGACGACGGCGCCGUGGCGAGGGACAGCGAGCUGCAGGGGUGGUGGAGCGAGGUCAGGAAUGUGGGGCACGGCGACCUGCGCGACGCGCCUUGGUGGCCGACGCUGGACUGCCUCGCGGACCUCGUGGAGACCUGCACCACCAUCAUCUGGUUGGGCUCGGCGUACCACGCGGCCGUCAGCUUCGGGCAGUACGACUACCAGGGCUUCGUCCCGAACAGCCCCAACAACACCUCGCGGCCGAUGCCGGAGGAUGGAGCAGAGGUGACCGAGUCGGACUUCCUGGGGAGCAUCACGCCGGUGACCGAGGCUCUGGCGUUCAUGUCGAUUGCCACUGGGCCCCUGGCGCUGAAUGGGGAGGUGUACCUGGGCCAGCGGCCGGACACGGAGGUGUGGACUGGAGAGCAGCGCGCGGCCGAGGCGCUGGCGUGUUUUCAGACGAGGCUGAAGGAGGUCGCGGAGAACAUCGAGAGACGUAACACCGACCCGGAGCUGAAGAACAGGGCCGGGCCGGUGCAGGUGCCGUACACGCUGCUCAAGCCGACGCCGGAGCCCGGAACGGUCGUCCGCGGCAUCCCCAACAGCAUCACCGUUUGAGCGUUCGCGCCGUACAAAGCACUGCUCGUAUCCCGUCCGUCGUGUGUGCAACUGUGUACGAUACUAAGAUGUAUUAUCAGAAUAACGUGGCCGUCGUUGGCAUU